AUGGCAUCGCUGAUAAAUCAUAAUUACACAACAAGUUAUUUCAAAAGUGUCGAGGCACCAAAAAAUAUUCCAUUUCCACAAUAUUAUGAUGUAGUAAUGGAUUGGAAAUUUCCAUUAACUGUAGCGGCAAUUUACGCAAUUGUCAUAACAUUGCUAAAUCCAAAACCUCAAUCCACUUCUCUUAACAAAAAUAUCAAUAGUUAUAAUGUUUCUCGUGCUGUUGCUCAAUCAAAAGGUUUAAAAGUUUCAAAUAUAAAGCAAAGUGGACAAUUUAUGACAGCUAUUGUAUUCAUUCAUAAUUUGAUUUUGUGUUUAUAUUCUUUAAUAACAUUUGUAUCAAUGGGUUCUACCUUUGUAAAUAAUUUUUAUGAUCAUCGGAACAAUUUAAUGGAUGCUUACUGUGAUAGAGAUGGAUCAUUGUGGGAAGAAGGUCUUGGAUAUUGGGGUUAUCUUUUCUAUCUAUCAAAAUACUACGAAAUAAUUGAUACUAUAAUUAUCUUGAUGAAAGGUCGUCGCUCAUCAUUUCUACAAACUUAUCAUCAUGCAGGUGCCAUUAUAACGAUGUGGUCAGGAAUCAAUUACAAAGCUCCACCAAUUUGGAUAUUUGUGAUAUUCAAUUCCUUCAUUCACACAAUAAUGUAUUCAUAUUAUGCCAUAACAAGUAUUGGUUAUACUCCACCUGGAAAACAAUACUUGACCAGAAUGCAGAUAAUUCAAUUUUUGAUUGGAACUCCUCUUGCAAUAUCUUAUUUGUUUGUUAAUAAUUGUUUAAUCACUCCCGAAACAAAAUUAGCAACCUAUAUAAAUACAUCAACACUAAUUAAAGAAACAUUAGAAACAGAGAGAUUUAAUGAUAUCGGUAAUAAUAUAAUAUCGCCUAUCGAAAUAAUGAUUGAUGUUAAAAAAGAGUUUAGUAAUGGUGUGAAGGAAGUUGUCAUAACCACAGCUACAACAGCACCUCUUACUCAUAUAAUGUUUGCUGGAGGAUUUGGUGGAUCAACUGCUGAUUUUUUAAUGCAUAGUGUUGAUACAGUCAAAACCAGAUUACAAGGUCAAAAAUUUACCAAGCCACCAAAAUAUCAAAGUAUGUUACAUGCAUAUGUUACAAUACUUAAGCAAGAGGGUAUAAUGCGUGGAUUAUAUGGAGGAGUUUUGCCUGCAAUAUCAGGGUCAGUUCCUGCCACAACGAUUUAUUUUGGAACUUAUGAAUUCUUUAAGCGUAAUUUAACAGGGAUUGGAAUCCCUGAUACAAUUUCUCAUUUAUCAUCUGGAGCUCUUGGUGAUGUAGUUGCAUCUACUGUGUAUGUUCCAUCUGAGGUAUUGAAAACCAGAUUACAAUUACAAGGCCGAUACAAUAAUCCACAUUUUUUUUGUGGAUACAAUUAUAGAAAUACUUGGCACGCUGUGCAGAUGAUUUAUAAACUUGAAGGUGCAAGUGCAUUCUAUCAUGGUUAUAGAGCUACUUUAUUACGUGAUGUGCCAUUUUCUGCAUUACAAUUUGCUUUUUAUGGUAAAUUCAAGUUUUGGGCAGUUUUAUAUACAAGCAAGAAUAAUUAUUCAUCAUCAUCUUCUUCUUCAACAACCAGUCAAUUAACAUUAAAAUGGGAAAUAAUAACAGGUACUUUGGCUGGUGCACUAGCUGCUGCAACCUCUACAUCAACAACAACUCCAAACCCAAACCCAAACCUAUCAUCAACAAUUUCAACUCCAUCUGCAUCUGCAAUAAAAACUCCAUCAACAGUUAUCAAUCCACCAACAUCAUCAAUAUCUAAAUAUGCAACACAUUUUUAUGGUGGGAUAUGGGAAGGAAUGCAAUGGAAUUAUAAACAUCAUGGUUUGGCAGGAUUAUUUAGAGGUGUUGCCCCAAGGGUUGCUUGGACUGGUAUGCAAAGUGGUUUAAUGUUUGUAAUCUAUGAACAAGUUUUAUGUUUUUUAGGAAAUAUGGCAACAACUUCAAUUUAA